CUCUGCCAUGGACCAUGAUUGCCAAAGAGUGCUCUGCACAAACACACGAGACGUGGCACCCUGCUCUGAUUAGAAUUCCUGGUAAGCAAGGCCCUACGUCCACCUGCGCGAUUAUUAUCUUCCCAUUGUGGGCAUUUAUCCUAAAAAGCAUGCUGUGUGGACAUCUCGUCCGGUGAACGCACACCGCUGCUUGGACCUUAGCAGGUCCCCAUCUCCAACUUUCCACACUU